AUGGAAUUAGAGAACAUUGUGGCCAAUACGGUCUACCUGAAGGCGCGAGAAGGAGGCUCCGACAGUAACAAAGGCAAGAGCAAAAAAUGGCGCAAGAUCCUUCAGUUUCCUCACAUAUCGCAGUGCAUCGAUCUCAAGAACAAAAUAGAUGUAAGCUAUGGUUACGUAGUUGAUCAGCAGCCCAUCGGACGUGAGCUUUUCCGGCAGUUCUGCAAGGUGAAACGGCCCCAGUACUCGCGCUACAUCACCUUUCUCGACGAUGCCACAAGGUACGAGAUAGCAGCGGACGAGCACCGGGUGGAGCUGGCGUACGAGGUCGUGAAGCGGUACCUGGGCCUCUGCACCGAGAGCCGGGAGCGCGAGGACAGCGGCGGCGGAGGCGGCUGCGACAGUGACGGCGGCAAGUGCGAUGAUGACAGCGGCAUCGGGGGCGACACCAAGAAGCUCAGCAAUCACGACGACCCGGAGAAGAGCCUGACCGGGUCGAACUCGGUCACCACCAACACCAUCCACAACGAGAAGGACGAGUUCGUGCUGGACGUGCUGAACGAUGACAUGGUUGCGCAGGUUCGGACCAAACUCUCCGCCGGCAGCAAAGAGCUGUUCGAAGCUUCCAUCACGGCGGUCAGGGCCUUCCUGGCCGGGGAACCAUUCCGGGAAUUCGAGGCAUCCAUGUACUUCCACAGAUACCUUCAGUGGAAAUGGCUCGAAGCUCAGCAGGUUACUUACAAAACUUUUCGAAUGUAUCGCGUCCUCGGAAAGGGUGGUUUCGGCGAAGUCUGCGCAUGUCAGGUUCGCGCCACUGGCAAAAUGUACGCGUGCAAGAAGCUGGAAAAGAAGCGCAUCAAGAAGCGGAAGGGUGAAUCGAUGGUUCUGAUCGAGAAGCAGAUUCUGCAGAAGAUAAACUCUCGCUUCGUAGUGAACCUGGCGUACGCUUACGAAACGAAGGAUGCGCUCUGCUUGGUGCUGACGAUUAUGAAUGGAGGCGAUCUGAAGUUUCACAUUUACAAUAUGGGCGGCGAUCCGGGAUUCGAGCUGACCCGGGCACGGUUCUAUGCAGCCGAGGUGGUCUGCGGGUUAGAGCAUCUGCACCAGCAGGGAAUCGUGUACCGGGACUGCAAACCGGAAAACAUUCUGCUCGAUGACCAUGGGCACGUGCGCAUUUCCGAUCUCGGGCUGGCGGUCGAAAUUCCGGAAGGCGAGAUGGUUAGGGGGAGAGUGGGCACCGUAGGCUACAUGGCACCGGAAGUGAUUGACAACGAAAAGUACGCCUUUUCGCCGGAUUGGUUCAGCUUCGGGUGCUUGCUGUACGAGAUGAUCGAGGGCCAGGCACCGUUCCGCGCCCGCAAGGAAAAGGUCAAGCGGGAAGAGGUGGACCGGCGCGUGAAGGAGGACCCGGAAAAGUAUUCGCACAAGUUCAGUGACGAGGCCAAAUCGUUGUGCCAACAGCUGCUAAUGAAAACCGUCAAGAGCCGGCUCGGAUGUCGCAACGGGCGCCAUGGGGCCCGCGAGGUGAAGCUGCAUCCGUUCUUCAACAGUAUUAACUGGAAACGGCUCGAGGCCGGUGUGACGGAUCCUCCGUUUGUGCCGGACCCACAUGCCGUGUAUGCCAAAGACGUACUAGACAUUGAGCAAUUCUCCACGGUGAAGGGCGUCAACCUGGACGCGACGGACGAGAACUUCUACACCAAGUUCAACACCGGCUCGGUAUCGAUACCGUGGCAGGACGAGAUGAUUGAAACCGAAUGCUUCCGGGAACUGAACGUGUUCGGCGUGAACGAGUGCCCGACGCCCGAUCUGCUCAUCAACGCACCGCCCGUAGUCGAAAAACCGGGCUGCUUUCCGUUUCGAAGAAAAAAAAAGCAAACGCCCCGAGAGAAGGCAAUACCGUUCAACGAGAAGCUGUUGUCCUCUAGUCAAACGACGGUCAGCUGUAGUCAGGCACAGACUGAAAGUUGAUAGGUGUAAGGCAACAAUGAUGACGACCUCGGUCAACAGUUGUCCCUCCGGAGAGGCACUAUCCAGGCGAUGGUGUCGAGAUGGAAGGACGGCGGGGAAAGGCUUACCGGUGGUUAAUUGGACAGCGGGGCAGUAAGUAAGCAACAGUUGGACAGCGAAAGACUGUUCUCUUCCCGGUUUAGUUUUUGGGAGCUCAGAUCGCUCACAUCACUGUACGCUCACAGCGGUAGAACGCGCUUUCUGGGGCGAGAAUGGAUGGACGGUUUCACGGCGAAAGCGGAUAUUAUUAUCGUCGGAUUUUUCAUCAAGCGGCAGCCGCCGCAGCACAUCGCUACGGAAUACUCUCAGUCAUGUUACGAGCUACUGCUACGGGGCGUCAUAUGAGGACGCGCACGAAGUUUGUAGUUUGUCAGAACCCUUGCGUGCGCGGGUUCAGUCACAGUCAGUUCACUCACUCACUCACUCAUUCACAGUCAAUGAUACACUUAAGCGCACAUGAACAUUGUCUAAACAGCAUAUAAAUAGUAGCUAUUGAAUAACACUUAAAAAUGCAAAUAUAUUGUCCACCACCAGAACGACGAGCGCAAAGAUAACGAAGAACAAGCGGAGGAAUAAUCACAUAAAUUCGUAAUUCUAGACCGCGCGCUCGCAGCGUAUUCGUAUUUUGGCCAAACUCCCAAGGUGUGUGCAAUAGCGGAAGAAGCAGUACGACAACGGUUGAGCCUAGACAACUGUAGCAUAAGGUAGCAGAAACAAAAUGGUACUUCCGUUUGUGGAAGUAUUUAGAAACGAAGUGUAGUGUAUAUGGUUCAUUGAUGACUUUUAGCAUUGCGAGUGAAGCGAUGUGUGUCUGAUUGAGUUUUAAUAAGAGCAUUACCGGUAAAAAACCGUUGUACCUUUGUUCUCUCGUUAGGUUGAUUUUAUAAAGUGAUGAAAAAUAAGCAACCAAAAAAGGGUUUUACGGUCACGUAUCUUUCUCUCCAACAUAAAAGCCAACCCCGACGCAUUUGUAAAUAGUGGAUUUUACAAUAUAUUAUUAUUUCAUCGAUUUUUUAUCCGUUGGCUGAUUUUACGUUCUUAUGUAACAAUCGGGUCGGAAUGUUAUUGUUACUGUUUGUGUUCACUGUGUAACGCUGAUACAUGAUAAGUUGCGUUGCGAAUGCCCGCGCGUGUGUGUGUGGCCGGAUCAAGGGUUCAUAAUUCAUCAACUGCCACUAGAAAAUCCAAUCAAUCUGAUAAAGACGUUACCACCACCCUCAAACAAUCUUGCAUAACCUUGCAGUUACUAAUAUUUGGCAUCUCUCAUAUCGUAUAGUAAUCAUUUUUUUAUGAGACUGUAUGUUGAAUUAUUAAGUUACUCUUUCACACUUGAACUGUGGCCAUAGCGAUAGUGGCGAUAACAAUCCACAAACAGCGUCCUCGCGCUCUAUGACUAACGGAACCACUUCUGUAAACACCUCAUCUGAACUGAAAUUCAAUAUUGACGAAAUCAAUGGUCCCCACCGACUGAUGAUAUCUUUCUUCCAUCUUGGCUUUAAAUAUAGUGUCUUAUUUUUCAUUGUUUAAAUUUUUUAAUGCUUUCGAUGAUUUGAAUGUCGACCGACGCGCAAACCGUCGAAUGGUUAUACUUUCCGCUCUUGUCUCCGGUUGGCACUGGGUCGUUGCUACCGUAUAGUUUUGCUUCUGUUGCUGGCGACUUCAAUUUAUGCUACGGUUUGGUGUGCAGCAUUUCUACAAAUCCUCGUGGUAGAGUACUAGAAAAGAGCGAAAGAGGGAGAGAGAGAGAGAAAUACGGUACUUAAACACAAUCUUAAUGUUCGAAUGGUUAAAGAGGCAACUUUUUAGCAAACUUCUCAUACUCAUGUACUAAUCAAUUAUAACUAUAGACUAUUCGUGGCUAGGAGUUAGUUUCAGACAAAAGUAAGGGCAGAAAGCAGAAGACUUACGAAUGAAUCUAUGUAUCGCACAUUCAAAACACACGGACACACAAAUGUAAAAGCAAACGAUUAGACGAAGGAGAUUUAUAGAGUGAAACCCGCUUAUCGUAAACCCAAUACCCAUUCUAGUUACCGGAAAUGCACAACAUAGGACGGGGUGAAAUGACGCGCGGGGGAACAAUAGGAGCAACGGAGCCAAGCGUAGUAGUGAACGACCGACCGACCGACCGACCGAGUGUUUAGGAUUUGGUUGUUACAAUGCAUAAGUGAAAGCAAUCAUUUACUAGGGCUGUUUUAGCUUUAAAAUCGCGUAUAUCGUGCAGGCGCAAACGAGAAUUGGUUAGCUUUUUAAUGAAUCUUUCAAGUGUUGUGUUCAAAGCGCAAGUAUCAACGAAAGCACCAACAACAAAGAAGUGUAUGGAAAGUGUUCGUAGCCGUGUGUGUGCUUUCUUGGUAUUUGUUUUUUAAUCGUGUAUGUCGCACAAGUUUGUAUUAAGUUUUGUAAUCGUAGCCCCGGGCAAGAAUCUGUUGGCAAUCAAUCUGUAUGUGGUGAACAAAUGGAUUGCAAAAACAACUACAAACAAGUAAAUAAAAACAAGUAAUAAACUCAGACUAGCCACCCUUCAAACUCUGCAUACCAUGUGCCAAUGCUAUUUGGUGUACGCUUGUUUGCUUUAGGUUUUCUGUUUACUGAUUAAUAAUUGUCGAUCGUUCUGGAGCAGUUUUUAAAGUGUGGAACGGGCACCGUUCGUUGGAUUUCAUGGAGCCAAACAGCCAAACCGUAAAUGUAAACUCAAGAACACGCCGUGAAAGAAAGAGUUGUACUCCUCCAAACAUUUUUAUUGUCAUGUACAUAGUAGAAGUUAGCAAUGGCGCAAAGGAAGUGGUGUGUAAAGUGGAAGCGCCAGAAGAAUCGCGGUCCAUCACUACACUAGCACUAGCAAUCGAUGGGGUUCCAGCGAGAUUCUCUGAUUGGCGUGAAGGAUGUGCUCCGGCGGGAGUCACAAGUAUGCCGGUAGCCCCUUUUUGAGCACAAGAUUAACUAAAACCCUCUGAUUGUGUGUGUGUGAGUGUAUUUGAAUCAAUUUUAACACAUAAAGUACAAGUGAAUCUUGAAAAAGUGGGACGCCGUUGUUUCAUGACCGGAAGAAGUCCAUUCGACGAUGAUGAUGAUCGCGGGUACGCGUGAGCCAACCAAACACGGCGCAUUGAAAGCCAAUCAAAAAAUGACUAUUAUAAACCUAGAGAUGAGAAAAGCAAAUGUAACUAAAAUACUAGAUGUGUGCGUUGAGCGGAGCGGCCAUGUCGCCAAUGUGUGGUGGGUCACACGGCCAAUAUUACGCGGGGUAUCGUCCCUGGGGCUCAUAAUUGAUGAAGCAAUGCAAAAGCAGACUCACAAAUUGAAUAACUUCUUGUGAGGGUGAUGAGGAAAACUAUAAACGAACUUAUUGUGUAUCCGACUUGUCGGUGACUAAAAUGGAUCUAAAUUUUUUUCAAUCUUAGAGAAGAUAAUGUCGGUUUAGUAUCACAUGGAAAAAAAUGGAGAAACUCCCUCCCCGAAAAUGGAAUAGGUCGGCAGGAGCAACGCGAAUGGC